GAAGGGGAAAGCCACCGAAAGGGGAGUUGAUGAAGCGGGAGGGGGGAUUCAACUUUUCUCCUUCUUCUUCUUUUUUUCUUCUUCUUCUGUUUUCCCCUGUGUCUAUCUGGAGACUUUGUGGAUAUGUUCGCUGACUGGAGUCCGGGCUGUUGUUGCAGUGUUUGUUGGGGGAGAGAGAGCUGAAAAAAAAAAGAAGAAGAAGAAGAAGAAGAGCAAGCCCCAGCCUCUCAACCUCUCCCCCUCACUGCAUUCCUCUUUAGCCAAGACAAUUGUGUGGGGUUUUUUUUUAAAAAAAAUCUAUUUUCCCUUUUUGCCUCCCGACACCGCCACCAAACCUUCCCUCUCCCCCUCCCCCCUCCUCAUUUUUGACGAUGGUUCGGACAUUCCGUGCCUGGAAGGAACUUGACUGGGCUCCAGCUUGAGAAGAAGCCCCCCCCCUUUUUUUUUUUGGCUUGUAGUUUUUUUCCCCCCCUCUGUGCGUUUCAUCUCGGGAAUGACUCGCUGGGUGUAAAAAUGCUGCUUUGGAUUCUCUUGCUGGAGACGUCUCUUUGUUUGGCUGCCGGGAAUGUUACGGGGGACGUUUGCAAAGAGAAGAUCUGCUCGUGCCCCGAGAUCGAAGGCGACUUGCACGUCGACUGCGAGAAGAAGGGCUUCACCAGCCUGCAACGUUUCUCGGCCCCCACUUCCCAGUUCUACCAUUUGUUCCUGCACGGCAAUUCCCUCACGCGCCUUUUCCCCAAUGAGUUCGCUAACUUUUACAAUGCAGUCAGCUUGCACAUGGAAAACAACGGCUUGCACGAAAUUGUGCCGGGAGCUUUCCUGGGGCUGCAGUUGGUGAAGAGGUUGCACAUCAACAACAACAAGCUGAAAUCUUUUCGCAAGCAGACUUUCUUGGGGCUGGAUGAUCUGGAAUAUCUCCAGGCUGAUUUUAAUUUAUUGAGGGAUAUUGACCAAGGAGCCUUCCGGGACUUAAACAAGCUGGAGGUGCUGAUUUUAAAUGACAAUCUGAUCAGCAUCUUACCUGCCAACGUGUUCCAGUAUGUGCCGAUUACCCAUUUGGAUCUACGAGGUAACCGCCUGAAAACCUUGCCUUACGAGGAUGUUUUGGAACAGAUCCCAGGCAUUGCUGAGAUCCUGCUGGAGGACAACCCUUGGGACUGUACCUGUGAUCUCCUCUCCUUGAAAGAAUGGCUGGAGAACAUCCCCAAGAAUGCUUUGAUCGGUCGGGUGAUUUGUGAAGCUCCCACCCGUUUGCAAGGGAAGGAUUUAAAUGAGACAACUGAACAGGAGUUGUGCAGAAAAACCCGGGUAGAUUCCAGCCUGGCAGCUCCCCCUGCAGAAGAGGAGACUUGUGAUCCUGGCCCCAUUCCCACUCCUUUUAAGAUCCAUGGCAAGGAAGAUUCUGCCACGGCAGGUUCUGCCCCUCAUGGAGGUACCAAGAUCCCGGUCAAUUGGCAAAUCAAAUCCAGACCUACCGUGGCCAGUUCUAUCCACACCAUGAAAGGCAAGUCUUCCAGUAACACCCCUUGCCCUGCCACCUGCACUUGCCACCAGAUUCCUGGGGGGUUCAAGGUAAACUGCAACGAUGGCAACAUCAGCAGCCUGAUGGACCUGAAGCCUAAGCCAUCCAAUGUCCAUGAACUCUUCCUGAGGGGCAACAAGAUCCACACCAUUCGCAAGUCCCAUUUUGUGGAUUAUCAGAAACUCAACCUAUUGGACUUGGGCAACAACAACAUUGCCAGUAUGGAGAACAAUACUUUCAAAAACCUGCUGGAGCUGGUGUGGCUCUACAUGGACAAUAAUUAUUUAGACAUACUGUCUCGAGAGAAGUUCAACGGUUUGCAAAACCUAGAGUACCUAAAUAUGGAAUUUAAUGUCAUCCAACUCAUCCAGCCAGGGACUUUUAAUGCCAUGCCUAAGCUGAGAGUACUAAUUUUGAAUAACAAUCUUCUGAGGUCUCUCCCAGUUGAUGUUUUUGCUGGAGUCUCUCUCUCUAAGCUCAGCAUCCACAACAAUUACUUCCUUUAUCUGCCAGUGGCAGGAGUGCUGGAUCAACUCACUUCCAUUACUCAAAUAGAUCUGCAUGACAACCCAUGGGACUGCAAAUGUCCAAUUGUCCCUUUCAAACAGUGGGUCGAGAUGCUGAGGCCAAAGGUGAUGAUGAGUGACUUAAGGUGUGAGACUCCAGAAGAGUUCUUUAAGGAAGACUUUGAAUCUCUGUCCAAUGAGGCCAUUUGCCCUCAACUCAAAGUCAUGCCCACUUUGACUUCCACCCAUAAGAAUAGCACUGGCUUGGCAGAGACUGGGACUCACUCUAAUUCCUACUUGGAGACCAGCCGGGUCUCCAUCUCAGUGCUGGUGCCUGGCCUUUUGUUGGUGUUUGUCACCUCUGCCUUCACGGUGGUUGGCAUGCUUGUCUUCAUCCUGAGGAACCGGAAACGCUCCAAAAGGAGGGAUGCCAACUCUUCUGCCUCGGAGAUCAACUCUUUACAGACAGUAUGUGACUCCUCCUACUGGCACAAUGGACCCUACAGUACAGAUGGCGCCCAUAGAGUGUAUGACUGCGGCUCUCACUCCCUAUCAGACUGAGACUACAAAAUUUAAAGUUAAAAACAAAACAAAACAUGUAACAUCGUGUAUGGGCAAUCAGUUCAACUUCAGCAGCUAGCAACCUCAACUUCCCUUCGGUGGUUCAGAGCUUUCUUUUCCCAGAUCUCAGUGCGUCCCCAUCUUGUCCGCUGAUGUGAAUUAGACCACAGGAAGGGAAUGGGGCUUAGCCCACUUAAAGCUACCUUCUGGUGAAAUACACCUACCCUGCUCACCAAACCUGGUCCAGCACGAUGAGUGGAGGCCUGCCUUUAUUAUUAUUAUUAUUAUUUUUAAUUAUUAUGAUUUGCCUAGCCUCAACCUGAGGUUGUGUAAACUCUACACUGUAUAACCAGUGGGAAAGAAAUAAAAGAUCCAAUCGAAAGGCCAAGAUUGGCUUCCUAUUGCAGCAAGAGAAAGAGUGUGAAUACGCUCUCCUGCAGGUUGAUGGUGGAUUAAUUGGCCCUUACGUGUGAUGGGGAACAGAAGCUCUUGCUUGUGCCCUCCCCAUUGAGAAUAAGGCAGGAGAGAGUCCAGUUGCACGAAGGCAUGAAUGUAAUUGUAAAUAAAUAAACUCUGAUCUAGAACAAACCAACCCAAGUUGCUGCAUGGUUCGCAUGGAUACAAAACCACCCAGGGACGCUUCAGCCCCCAAAAGGAAGCAGCGUCCGGUUCACCUCGUCCUCCCUCUUCCCUGAUAAGUUCCAUCGUAUCAAAACUUUCUAUAUACAGAUACGGUAUAUAAUAAGAAUAAAAAAGAAAAGUGCCAUUUCGCCAUUAUUUUUGUGUGAUUGCUAGGCAGUAGAGAUCAUCCAUUUACUGUGGGGAAAAGAAAGAAAGAAAAACAAGGAAAAAUGUAAAGGUUUUAUUUAAGACAUGUUUGCAUGGUUUAUACUCUCCUGGGUUUAGGUUUUUGCAUUGGGGGGGGGAUUUAAUUUCAUGGGGAAUUUAUUUUUUCCUUCUCUUUGGGGGAGGGAGGAGGGGAUGAAGUUGCUUCUUCUGGUUCUUUUUCAAGCGUCUUUUGGAAACUGACAUCUCCAGAAUCCCUUUCCAUCUGAAUGUAAACCAAGUAUCCUUGGGAUAUUUUUCUCUGUUGAUCAAUAUGUUUUUUUUAAUAUAUAUAUCUAUAUAUCUAUAUCCAUUCCUUGGAUUUUGUCUCAUUUUGGCUUUGGUUGUUUUUCUUUUUCUUUUUAAAUAAAAAACAAAAACAGAACCAAACCAAACCAAACAAAACCGAAAGCCUGGAGCAGUUCAGCAUGAGUAGUGAAUGCCACUUGAAUACUUAAGCUGGGGAGAUGAAUGAAAGAAGGUUUUUGUGCUCUUGUAAAUCAGACUCUGGAGGAAAAAUAUAUAUAUAUAUAAUACUAUCUGGAGAAAAAAUAUGAGCUGAAGUUAAAAAAAAAAAGCAAGCGAGACUUACUAAUUCUAUUCAAGGAUUUUAUAAUGGCAUAUUUUUUCAGUAUUAAAGUGAAACUGUUUUCAAGGCUUGGGUCAUUCAUUUUAAUACACCCCCCCACCCUCAUGUCACUUUUUAAAACUGCCACCAACUGGGGUUGUUUCAUUUGAAUGUAUGUUGAGAGCGAAGUCUCUUUUAUUUUCAUUCCUUGUGAUCUUAAAACUGUGUUGGGUUUCAGAAGUCAGUUGCUACUCCUGGCCUUGUGCUUGCCCUGAAUGCAAAUCCUUUGAUUAAUACUGGGAAAUGC